UUACAAGACACGAGCUUCUCUUUCAUUUGUUAAAGAUAGUAUAAACACAUUUGUUUGAGAAGCAUCAAAUUAAUUAAGAUGACUCCAUUACUGAAAGGAACUGUGGUGUUGGUGCAAAAGAAUUCGUUGCACUUUAACGCUCACUCAGCGGCUCAAAAGUUCCGCGGUUUCAUAGAAAGUGUUAUCGAUGCUCCUGAUGACAUCGACGAUUCUAUACUUGAUACCGUCGAUUCUUUUUUGAGCAACUCUGUAGCUCUCAGAUUGAUUAGUGCUUCAAACAGUGAUGAAAAUGGGCAGGGAAAGGUGGGAAAGCAAACAUUUUUGGAAGGUGUUCUCACUUCCAUACCAACAUUGGAAGACAAACAAACUGCUUUCAAUAUUCUUUUUGAAUGGGACCAUAACAUGGGAAUUCCCGGAGCUUUUUAUAUUGAGAAUUUUAAGCAAGAUGAAUUCUUUCUUGUGAGUUUGACACUUGAAGAUGUUCCAAAACAUGGAAACUUAAACUUUGUUUGCAACUCAUGGGUUUACAAUGUGGAAAAGUACAAAACUGAAAGAAUAUUCUUUACCAACAAGACAUACAUCCCAAAUGAAACACCGUUUCCGUUAGUGUACUAUAUACAUGAAGAAUUGAAGACUUUAAGAGGAGAUGGAACGGGGGAGCGUCAGGUAUGGGAAAGAAUAUAUGAUUACGAUGUUUACAACGAUUUGGGCGAACCAGACAAAGAUGAUACCUUGGCUCGUCCGAUUCUUGGGGGAUCAAGCACCUUGCCUUACCCUCGAAGGGGUAGAACUGGCAGGAAACCUACUGAGAAAGAUCCAAAGAGUGAGAGUCGGAGUGGCUAUUUUUACAUACCUAGAGAUGAAUUACUUGGUCACGUGGAAUCGUCAGACUUUCUUGUUGAUGUAUUCAAAUUAGUAUCUCAAAAUGUCAUACCUCAGGUAAGAUCCCUGGAUCAACCCGAGUUUAACACGUUUGAAGAUGUGCUCUCGCUUUUCUACGGUGAAUCAAGUAACUUCUCGGUGCCAAAAGUGAUUCAAGUGGAUCAUUCUGCAUGGAUGACUGAUGAGGAAUUUGCAAGGGAGAUGAUUGCUGGUGUGAAUCCAAAUGUCAUCGAAAAACUUUCGGAGUUUCCACCAGAGAGCAAGGUAGAUAGGCAACUCUAUGGUGAUAAUACCACCACAAUAACCAAAGAACAGUUGGAGGCAAACAUGGAUGGGGUCAAUGUAGAACAAGCUAUACAAAACAAUAGAUUGUAUAUACUUGAUCAUUAUGACUCACUAUUUCCAUUUUUAAGGAAAAUAAAUGCAACUGGGGCAAAGGCAUAUGCUACAAGGACCAUUCUUUUCUUGCAAGAUGAUGGAACUUUGAAGCCAUUGGCCAUUGAACUAAGUAUACCACAUCCUAAAGGUGAUAUUUUCGGUCCUGUUAGUAAAGUUUACUUGCCUGCAACUGAAGGUGUUGAGGCUUCAAUUUGGCUCCUUGCCAAAGCUUAUGUUGUUGUAAAUGACUCAUGUUAUCACCAACUUAUCAGCCAUUGGCUACACACUCAUGCAGUUGUUGAGCCAUUCAUCAUAGCAACUAACAGGCAUCUUAGUGUGGUUCAUCCUAUUCAUAAACUUUUACUUCCACACUACCGCAACACAAUGAACAUAAAUGCCGGUGCGCGAAAUACUUUGAUCAGUGCAGCGGGCAUUAUAGAGUCAACAUACUUGUUGGGAAAGUAUACUAUGGAAAUGUCUGCUGUUGUCUACAAAGAUUGGGUUUUCACUCAAGCAGGACUACCUACUGAUCUAAUCAAAAGAGGAGUAGCUGUUAAGGAUGCAUCUUCUCCAUACGGGCUUCGCCUUCUGAUAGAGGACUACCCUUAUGCUGUUGAUGGACUAGAGAUAUGGGCUGCUAUUAAGUCAUGGGUUGAAGAAUAUGUGAAUUUCUACUACAAGUCUGAUGCAACUAUUGUACAUGAUUCUCAACUACAAGCAUUUUGGAAAGAAGUUGUAGAAGUGGGACAUGGUGACUUGAAGAAUGCAACAUGGUGGUUUAAGAUGCAAACUCGUGCAGAAUUGAUUGAAGCUUGUAGCAUUCUCAUAUGGAUUGCUUCGACGCUUCAUGCAUCGGUUAACUUUGGACAAUAUCCAUACGGAGGAUACAUAGUGAAUCGACCAACUAAAAGCAGAAGAUUCAUGCCUGAAGAAGGAUCUCCUGAAUACGAAGAGCUCGCUAAGGACUACGAGAAGGCGUAUUUGAGUACAAUCACACCAAAGAAUGAAACUCUUUUGAACAUGACAGUUAUGGAGGUAUUGUCAACGCAUGUUUCCGAUGAGCAAUACCUCGGACACAGAAUCGAAGGUGAUCUUUGGACUUCUGAUUCACAGCCAAUAGAGGCGUACAAGAGGUUUGGAACAAAGUUGGCUGAAAUUGAGAAAAAGCUCAUUGAAAGGAACAAUGAUGAGACAUUGAGAAACCGAUAUGGGCCUGUGAAGAUGCCAUACACUAUACUUUAUCCUUCCAGUGAAGCAGGAUUGACUUUUAGAGGCAUUCCCAACAGUAUCUCUAUCUAAAAUAUGUUAAGGUUGUUGUAUUGUUGCUAUGAAUAAUCGAUGAGAAGGAAUCAUAUUCCCCCAUCCCCUAUGUAUGCUAUGUUAUUAUGUAUCCUUGUUUGAUUACUGAAAAUAAAAAACUAUUAUGUCUGUA